GUCCUUUAAUGAUGAUGUAAGGUGUUUGAAGUUGGCGCGGGCUAAGUGGCAGACGUGAGUUGCUAAGCUAGUGGAAGCGAGAGAGAAAACAGAAUUAUUUUCAAUGGAGAAACCCAGCAGUGGACAGCUUUCCAAGGCGGCCCAGAGGAUCCUAGCUGUUCUCCAGGCCCAGAGUGGAGCAGCCGGACAUCGACACACUGGGAGGUAUCCUAGCAACAGGAGGUCAUCGUGUGCUCCCAGCACUCUCACCAAAAAUGAGGAAGGAAGGAUGGAUGGAUGCUGCUUCACCGAUAGCAGAAGCUCGAGUUCCCUCCCCAGUAUCCAUCCUACAAAGGAUGAGGGCUUGCAUGCUUUAUUGUUCCCUAGUACUUGUCGCAGUGUGGAGCCCACUCUCAAAAUAAGCUUUGGGAGUAGUCACAACACAUGCACUGCAGAGAAUCGGUUAAAUGUGCAAAAAGAAGAGGUCCAAACUAAAAAUGCAGAACAUGACUGUGAAGUGAUGCUACAAGCACAAAGGAGCGUCAAUGAGGCAGAAACCCUUCAGACAAAAGUCACAGCUGGACCACUGGUGGCCUGCAGACAUGGUUUUGAUAAGUUGCAUUACUAUACAGAAAGCCUGGGGAGAAAAUGCUGCCCAGCGCCAAUGACGCUGCAUGGGAAUGCCCAGCAGCAAGUUGACACUGGAAGCAGCACAGCCACGUCUUGCCUACCAAACAUGUCAUUGCAGGACUCCAAACCCAUGUAUGGACUACAAAACAGCAGUCAACCUUCAUCCCAGAAUCCGGUUUUGCCUGCGUCCUUGAAGAGGAAGCACGAGUUGCUUCACGAUGAAAUCCCUCCCCACAAAAUCUGCCAACGCCUGCCCCCUUCCUCUCAGCAUCCUGCUUCAGUCAUGGCAGCACCAACUAACUGCUUGCAUAAACCACCACAGAAGACAGCUGGUCUGUGUACUCUGCAACAGAGACGGGUCAAUGACGGCGCUCCUUACAGCUACUCAAAACCAGGCUGGCUGGCCACUAUGUUGACCUCUGACCCUAAAGUGAAAGAUGCAGAGGUGUUGAAACCAGAUGAGAAAAGGCAAAUGUUUGAGUUGGUUAGGCAGGCUCAUGCAUUGCUGCUGACCAUGGUGUACCGAGAUGGGAGCACUCAGUUACACUCAGGGUCUAGGCUUACUCCGGCAGUGUGUGGCCUCCUCCUACUUCUUAAGAAUGAUCUGGACAGCACCAAACCGCAGGACUCACUCGGCCACAAGGACCUACUGCUCUACCUAAAACUGGACUGCACACCGACAUGGGCCCAACAACACACGCAACAAACACACAGGACUUUCACCAGAGACCUGCUGCUACAGGUGCUGUCUCGAUCCCAAGUGGCUGUGUGCUACAAAGCCAAGGAUUUGCUUUGCACGGCUCUGCAGUUGUACAGACAGCCCAUAAGCUGGAAACAAGUGUCAGGUUGGCAUAUCCAGGACCCUCAGGUGUCAGGGUGGCUCCUGGACCCUGCAGAUCCCUGCUCCACCUACCAGGACCUUCUUAACAAACAUUUAAGGGCAUCACAUUCAGCACCCGCCCGGAGUAUCACACCGGUCAUCUCAGACCUCUCCUCCCUCUACUGGCUCAACGUGGAGCUUUGUUCUAAACUUCAGAGCCACGGUCUUUGGAAGCUGUACUCGGACAUGGAGCUGAACAUGAUUCCUAUUCUGGCAGCAAUGGAGAGCCAUCGCAUCCACGUGGACAAAGAUGUUGUUAAGAACAUGUCAGACCUGCUGGGGGCAAAGAUGAAGCAGUUAGAGCAAGAGGCCCAUCAAGCUGCUGGACAGAUGUUCCUCAUUACCAGCAACAUUCAGCUGAGAACCGUUCUGUUUGAAAAGCUGCGCCUACAUGAGGUCUGUGAAAACAAGAGGCUUCCCAGGACCUUCAGCACACAGCAGCAAUCCACAUCGGAAGCCACAUUGCUGCAGCUCCAGGACCUGCAUCCUCUGCCAAAGAUUAUUUUACAAUACAGACAGCUCCACAAAACCAAGUCUACUUAUGUCGACGGGAUCCUUUCUUGCAUGAUGGGAAAGGACUACAUUUCCUCCACAUGGUCGCAGACAAGUGCGGUGACAGGCAGAAUCUCCUCAAAGCACCCAAACUUCCAGGCCAUCCCAAGACAGCCACUUCGGAUCAGCAAGAGGCAAUACAUACACGGAAAUGAGGAAGAGGUGGUGACUGUUCAUCCUCGGGACAUGUUCAUUCCUCAAGAAGGCUGGACCUUUGUUGCUGCAGACUUCUGCCAAGUGGAGCUGCGACUCUUGGCGCACUUCUCCUCUGACCCUGAGCUGCUUCGCAUCUUUAUCAACCCUUGUGCCGAUGUCUUUGCCAUGCUGGCCUCGCAAUGGAAGGGGGUGAGUGAGCAAGAGGUGACCUCUGAGGACCGGGAACACGCCAAGCACAUUGUGUACUCGCUUGUGUAUGGAGCAGGUCGUGAGCGCCUGUCUGGCAUCCUGGGUGUGAGCAUGGAACAGGCCAUCCAAUUCCAAAACGCCUUCCUCCAGACGUAUCGAGAAGUACAGGCCUUUACCCAGACGACCAUCGAGCAGAGCCACAAACAAGGUUAUGUGUGUUCCAUCAUGGGCCGUCGGCGCAUGCUGCAUAAUAUCAACUCUCCAAACUGGGGGAUUCGCAUGCAGGCAGAGAGGCAGGCGGUCAACUUUGUUCUCCAAGGAUCUGCCGCUGACCUCUGUAAGAUGGCCAUGAUCCGAGUCUUCAACCUGGUCUCCUCCUCCAGUUUACUCUCUGUGAGGCUCAUAGCCCAGCUCCACGAUGAACUGCUGUGUGAAGUGGAGGAGUCUCAGGUGCAAGAGUUUGCAGCUCUGGUGAAGUGCACUAUGGAGUCCCUUCAGCAUAUAGACCAUCUCGGAGUCCAUCUCAAAGUUCCCCUAAAGGUGGCAGUCUCCAGUGGCAAGUUCUGGGGUUCCAUGUCUGAGCUUCACAUCCCUCCAACAGCUCCUUUCUUCUAGCUCCCUUUUACCAUUUCUUUAACUCCUCCUCGCUCACUCUCCAUUUUCUUCAUCAUUCAGUAUCUUCACAGAAUCGCUCCGCCUGUGUGUCUCGCCUCAUUCGUCCUGCAUCCACAUCUCCAUGGAAACACGGCAGCUGCGGCUCCUUCCCGCUCCCAGUACUUUUUUUCACUUCGUCCGUAUCCGGGGGCAACGACAUCAGCUACAGACAGGAUUGCACCAGUUCUUUCUCUUUCUCUCCGUCUUCUCUAUUUCCACUUGUUCUGAUUGAGACUGUUGCUCUAGCCUCGUUGCCAAGGUGAAGAUGCACAUUGAAAGAGUGAUAUUUACACCUUCAAAUAUUUGGACUCAAAGCAAUUGUUUAUUUACUAUUGUAUGCUUAAUAAAGCUUCAAUUCUAACUCCUCUCCCCCUCCCACACUGCUCUCUCACUCUCGGACCCCCUUUGUCUUGAUUCAAGCCCCUCUCACACGCACACACACACACACACGUACAUUCCACAAAUAGCUGUACACAUACUCACACACAUUUGCACACACACCUACGUUUUUUAUCCACCAUGAAUGCACUUACACAGGCUUGCAGGCCCACUGACCGAGUUUCCUUAUCCAAGACUCUCUUUUAUACUGUCUAUCAACACCCUUUAUGUCCAUGCAAGC